CCAAAACUUAUGAAAAACCCAUUUAAAACAAAUUGGGUUGGUUGCUUUGAAGAUAAUCAAACACCACGCAACCUCCAUUAUUUUUAUCUACUCCUGCUCUGCUCAACGCCUCCACUCCAGUGAGGCAGUGACUCAAUCUAUCUUCAAAGGUAUUGCAACUUCAUUAUCUCAAGCCUUAACCAAUUAAUAAAUCACCAUUACUUAUUGUCACUUGGAAGAUAUUGAAGAAGAUUUCCAUAUUUAAAAGUACUAUGGACAUUGACACAUUAUUACGUAAUAUUUAAAAUUAAAAGCUAGUUUAUUUGUUGAUUUAUUUUUUAUAAUUCUUGGAGAUUUAGUGGAUAUUAUGAAAAAUAUAUUUUUUUCAAGCCUUGGAUGAUGUUAUAUUUGUUUAGGUUGAUGGAUGCUAAACUUGUUAUGGCUUUUUCAGUUUUUUGGUUAUUCGGUUUUUCAGUUUUUCUGAAUAUUUAUGUAAUUUCGUUUUUUUUUUGUUUUGUUUAGUUUUUAUGUUUAUCAGUUUAGGGUUUUUGAUUAAUUUAGUUCUGUUUGGUUUUGAUUUUAUAAAAAUUUUGAGUUUUCGGUUCGAUUCUGUUCGAUUUGAAAAAAAAAUUAACAGAAAACCGAACACUCAUCCCUAGAUAUUCCAUAAAAAUCAGAGCUGGUGUGGGAAUAUUUUUAUAUUAGUACUACAUAGUAGUUGUCUCUUGAUAAUAAACUUGCACUCCCUUGACAUUCCAUAAAAAGCAGAGCUGGUGUGGGAAUAUUUUUUACUAUAUUAGUACAACAUAGUAGUUGUCUCUUGAUAAUAAACUUGCACUCUCCCUGUUUCUCCCUCACACACUCACUCCCACUCAGUCUCUCUCCUGUGAUUACACUCACGGAGGAGAGAAGAUAUGGUUGGGCCGGGACGACCACAAUUUGUGCUAUUUGGAUCAUCGAUAGUUCAGCAAAGUUUCUCCAAUGGAGGAUGGGGAGCUAUUCUUACUGAUCUCUAUGACCGUAAGGCAGACAUAGUUCUGCGAGGAUAUUCUGGCUGGAAUUCGAGACGCGCUGUUCAAGUAUUGGACCUAGUUUUCCCAAAGGAUGCAGAGGUUCAGCCUUCAUUGGUUAUAGUGUAUUUUGGUGGGAAUGAUGCAGUGCACCCUCAUCCUAGUGGCUUAGGUGUUCAUGUUCCUCUUCCUGAAUAUAUUGACAACAUGAAGAAGAUCUAUUUUCAUCUCAAGAGUCUUACAGAUAAGGUCCGAGUAAUUUUUCUUACUUCGCCUCCCAUCAAUGAAGCACUGAUUCGUGAACAUUUUGGUAUUUUACAUGACAAACAAGUCCGGAAAAAUGAAACAUGCCGUAGAUAUGCUGAUGCUUUAGUGGACUCUUGCAAGCAGUUAGACGUUAAAGUUGUCAACCUUUGGACUGCCCUUCAGCAACGAGAAGAUUGGGCAACAACUUGCUUAACAGAUGGAAUCCAUUUUACAUCGGAAGGGAGCCAAAUUGUGGUGAAGGAGAUUCUGAAGGUUAUAAAAGAGGCUGACUGGGAACCUAACCUCUUUUGGGAGUCGAUGCCGAUUGAAUUUUCUGAAGAUUCGCCUUAUUACAUGGUUCAUCCUUACAAUAAUGGUAAGACCACGAACGCCUCUUUUGGCAUCUCUAGUUGGAAAAUCAAGUGGACUGCUGAUAAUAUUCGCUCAAAGCUUUGAAACAUUAAGGGCUUUUAGUACUAAUCCAUCAUAAACUCUUAUGUAUUAUACGAUUGAUUGCUCACUCAACUAUUUAUGAUUUCAUGGAAUGUAAUCCAACAUAUGUUGCAUUGUGUAUGAUAAGAUUAUAAUUUUGAUAAA